CCGACAUUUCCGUCAAUGGAAUGAGUUAUGAGCAGUCAUUGACAAACUGAAGUCCAAAUCUUUGACAAGGAGCCCAGCCCAGCCAUAAUGAGCUACACCUUUCAAGGGGCUAGGCCUGAGGCUGUUCAUUACACUGGUCAAAACCAGGUCACUGAUCUGGGACAUAAAGAGACCGAGGACCAAACCAACAAUAACAACAACAGCAGGACAGAGCCCUGCUUCAAUGAGUUCUCUGUGAAUAUGGAUAAUCUUGAACUAGUUAGCUGUAGAUCAGCUGAGUUGCAAUCAAGGGCAGGUAGUGAUAUCCACUGUGAUGUUUAUCUCAUUGAGAAGUGGUUUGAGGCCUGUGACCCCAGGGGUCUAGGAAAGGUCAGGGUGUCAGAUCUUGUGGAUUAUUUGAGGACUAGUAUUGAUGCAAACUUACAGGAAGAUGGUGCUGUUGGUAGCUUGAUUGAGAUUCUAGACCCAGAUAAUAUGAAUGCAGAAGUGGGCAUUGACACUCUUCAGAGUGGACUUUCUCAGUGGAUCAGUGAGAUGAAAACUUCAUCUAUGAACUCAAGCAUAGAACAACCAAAUGCUGACUCUAUUAUAAUGUCAUUUAAUGAAAGUUUGAGAGAAAAUGCUGGUCUGGAGAUAUCUGUUGAAGAGAGUCUCAUUGAUGACAGAUUAGCAGACUCGCAGUAUCACAACCUUAAGUUAACCAGGGAAAACCUGGAGGCUCGGGCAACAAUUGAUAUCAAGGAGGAAGAGCUGGUCAAACAAUACCAUGAGCUUGGGGCAGCAAGGUCACAGAUCAGAAGACUUCAAGAGCAGCUGGAUAUUCUCAAUGAAACAGAGUCAGAAAAUGAGGAACUCAGGCAGCAGUUGAUGGUGUCUAACAAAGACAUGGAUGAACUGAAGAAAAAAAUAAUUCUACUUAAUCAGGAAAAGUUGACCUUACAAAACCAGCUCAAUAGUUGCCAUAUAGAGAUUGCCAAGUUGAGUUCAGAGUUAGCUCAGGCGCAAGAUGUGGGGAAUGAGUUGAAAUUCUGUUUAGCAGAAAGUAAAGAGAAAGUGAUGGAGUUAAAAGAUACCUGUUCAAACAUGAGCUCUAAGCUUACAGAGAGAGAUGAAAAGUAUCAAGAGUUAUCUGUCCACUUACAAGAGAUGUCCAAGUAUAAUGAGGAGCUGAAAAAUCAAAACAGAGAAUUGCAAGGACAGCUCAAAGAAUCACAACUGGAGAUCUCUAGCCUAAAAUCCGCUAACGAGUGCAGUAAUGGUAUUGUACUGCCUUCACUGAAAGAACUUACAGAGGAUAUAGAAGAGGACACCGACCAGUCUGAGACCAACAGUGUAUCUGAGUGGCCACUGUCCAUUAGGAAUGAGCUGAGAGACCUGCUUGGUGAUGGCCCUGGCCUGCCCUGGCCACUCAGUGAGAAAGAGCUGAAAGAUAGCGUUGUGGCCACACCUGAUCUAGGUGGCCAAGUGGAGAAUGCCAGCCCUUCAUACAGCAGCUCUCUUGAAUGUGAAUUUAGUGAUUCAAGUGCUAAUUCAGAAGAGUCAUCUAAUCGAGAAAGUUUAAGAGGAAAAUCAAGCCCCAAGCAAGAUCCUUAUUAUGAUAUUUCUAAUGAAAAGCUCAGGGUUCUGGUCUCUUUACUGAAGAAUUUCAGGGAAGAGAACAGGAAACUUCGACAUUUAGUCAAGAGAAACUUGAAUCUGCUUGUCCAAACUGAAAAACUAGAAGAUAAAGCUGUGAGCAGAGAGAGGCAAGGGGCAGUGGAAGUGAGACAAGAAUCCAGUCAAGUUAAGAAAUUACAGGAGUGUAAUGCAAUGCUGGUGUCUCAAGUAAAUAGCUUGAAAAGGGCUAAUAUUGAUCUUUCAGAGAGGCUGCACAAGUCAGAAGUGAAGAUCUCUGAACUGGACGAGGAAGCACAGAAUGCCAGCUCCAGCUUGGAGAAGGAGAAACUGAAAUGUGCAGAGCUGGAGGAAAACCUGUGCAGCAGUACACUGGCCAGGCAGCUGGACCUGAGAGACAUCUGGAGACUGGUGCAGAAGGAUGUGGAGACUGAGUGCCAGGACCAGCAGGAGGAUGUGAUGAGCUCAGGCAAUACAGACCAGAUAAAGGAGAACAUCAAGAGGGAUAUUGAAGCUUUGAGGACUAAACUAGAGAAGAGAGAGGCUGCACUUGGUGCACUGAAAAAGAAUAACCUAAACCUGCGCCUGCUGUGGAACUAUGAAGACAUCCACCCAUCCAACAACUGGUUUAAUGGACACAAGGUCUCCCCUGGAUCACCACUUGUUGAUGCACUGAGUAUUGAUGCGUUUAACGGUAACCUGCCCAUGUACUCAUCAAAAUACCCGUACACCUCAUCUGUGUCCUGUGAAGAUGUGGACUGCUACGAGUGUAGGGCUGCUCGUAUGUUGCUACAAAACAGGUACACAUCAUCAUGCCCUUCUAUUGGCCCAGCUAACGGCAACCAGCCCAGCAACUCUACCAUCUACAACUACAACAACAACUAUAAGGACUACACAGCAGAGAAUACCCAGACUUACAGCUCUGGCUACUCAACAGACAAUGGUCAGGGCACUCACCUAGAUGCCCUCUCAGGACAGGCCACUGACCUAGGGUCACUCUCCUUACAGGGCAUUAACUUCAGGUCAACAUCAGAGCAGACAGCUGACCAGGAAGCUGUCUCUGCUGAACCAGAGUUCACCCCCACACACAAGCGCCAGAGGAGCUUGUAUGGCAGCCACAGAAGAAAAGACUUUAUCCGAAGCUCCGGUCGCUUCCUUGUGGAGAGCAACUCCCAGAAUUCUGAAGUGCUCAUCACCUCAGUGAAAUCCCUCAAGCAAUCUGAAAACAGCUGUGUGAAAGAUAACCCAGUUUAUCCAAGUCAGGGAGAACACACUCAGCAGAAUUCUAAGGAGGCUGCAAGUGAAAGUAUUAGCUCAGGGAUUAAUUAUGGAGUGCGUAGACCGAGCUUUAAGCUUGCCGUUGAAAACAACAGCGGGAUCGUUAAAUAUUGUUCCGAAUCUGGAAAUAACCAGAACCAGUUGGAUUCUUUCACGGAGGAGUUGCGGCGCCCAAGUUUCUGUGCGGCUAUUGAGCUGGGUAAGCCAGCCAGCCCUGGUCCCGUGAAGCGGAAGGUUGUGCAGAUCACCUCGCCUGAGUCCCUGCAAGUCAGGACAAAAAGAAGCAGAGACGUGCCGACAACUCCAACCUACAGUGACAGCGCCAAAACUGUGACGUUUCAACUGGACGAUGGCCCCGGGGAGGAGUACUCUGGUGCCUGGGGGUGUGGCUACUCAAGAUAUGACCCCCCGGGUGAGAACGUCUCUUCAUUCUCACCCACGUCCUCUUACUCAUCAUCAGCAUCAUUGUCAAUGAGUAACGUGAAUAAUUCCUUCUCUUCUAUGUCUACCAGCAGCUUGAGUCAAAGUUUUUCACAGAAUUCAAGGUUUGGUAGCCUGCAGGGCAAAAAACUUCAGAUGCUUCUGGAAGACGACCAAGCCUAUUGUGUGCCCAAGUGUAUUGAGGACUGGGACAUGUCACCCCAACACACUGGAGACGGCAACACAUUUACUGAGGCCUUCAGGGCUAGUACAGAGUAUGAUGAAGAGGACCAGGAUGAUGAGGAAUACUUGGCAAGCAUAUCACAGGAGUGUCUGGACCUGAGUGAUGAGGUGACGGAGACGGUGACUGAGCCAGACUUCAUGCCCAACACCUCUGUCAAUGGCACAGGUGCCCAGACUCGACAUAAAGCCAAAGAUGGGGCGGUCAAGCCACACCGGGAUAAAAAUAGCCAAUCGAGCGAUAACUCGAGCGAGCUAGCGGCCCCACCCCGGGCCACUAAGGGCGGGGAUAUCUUAGACUCAACGCCCAGGAUAACUCACAGUACCUCGCCGAUAAACUCCGGCCGCUCCCAGAUAACGGCCGGCAAAAACGACCGGUCCCAACCGGUCACGUCCACGCCGGUGAUCUCCGGUUCGGCACCAAUGACAUCAGAGGCGUCACUUUCGCAGCUGACGCCAUCUUUACAUAUGUCGCCUGUGACUCCGGUGGUUCCGCCCGGCGUGAAGACGCCAGCGGGUGAUCGUGACCUCGGGAGCCAAGGGACGAAAUCUAAUAGCGAGGGCACAAAGGGAAAUAACUCAAGAUGUUCUGAUGAUGGAUCUAGCAGUGGAGUUCACUCCCCUAGAACAAAGACGGUAGUACCUGAGAGUCCACCCACUGCCAGAAAUGCGCUCUCGUCUGCCGUGCAGGUACAUCCUGUAGGCCCUUCCAGGCUGUCUGCAAUUAGGCAGUCCCACCUGGCCAUCAAGAGGAGAGACCAGAAGUCCAGGGGCAUGAAGCUUCCAGAGCUCGCUGAGAACACGGUACUGGAUACAAGCCUUACGGUACCGGACACGACCCCCGCGGUACCGGACACGACCCCCACGGGACCGGACACGACCCCCAGGUCCACCAAAGCGCUGAACACUUGCCCCAGUCUUUCCCUUCCCCGCCUGGUCAUGCCUCAUAUUUCGGUCACCAACUCUGACGCCGAGGUGCCCCCUCCGCCCAGCGAUGACCCCGUGACCCCCAGUUUGCCGGCGUCGUUUCUGAAAAAGUUGGGAUUAGCUGUGAAAGGUGUCAAUGGAGAGAGCGAGAAAUCCAGCCUUAGUGUUGACCAGCUACCUGAGAAAGAAAUUGAGAGUAAAUUUAUCAGCCUCUCCCUCGCCUUUAAGACUGACAAGCUGACCUUGGACCAGAGGGUCAGCGUGCAGGAGAGGUCGCGAGAUUUGGCCGAGCAGAACGUGGACAAGGAGCUGAAUGGGUUGAGGGAAGCUGUGGAGGUACUGUGGGCAUUGGCACUUAAUGAGGUGGUCACAGACCCCCAAGUGAGAGGGCUGAUACAGAAGAUGAGACAACAUGUAGACAUUCUAGAACAGGCUGCUGCCAGGGUCUCCAGCAGGGCGGAGGUGUUUGGUGCUGUCCAGCAGGAGAGGAGGAUGUGUAAGGCCAUGGAGGUGAUGGUGCUGUACACAGAGAACCUGCGGAGGAUAAGAGAGAAGGAGGAGUCAGAGCUGAUGGAGGCCAGAAAAAUAUUAAGUGAAAGAUCAAACAAUGGCUACAGCCUGGAUGGAGACUCCAGCCCUAGCAGAAGAUCAAUGUCCGUGUGCGGGGUCAAUGCUAUUGGCAGGCCGCCUGCUAGGGUGUUAAAUUACCCUAUGAAUGAAGCUGGGGACAAUCCUGACUCUUUUAUCAGGCGCAGGAGUGAAAUAGCUCUACCCAGAGUUCUAGGGGGCUCAGGUAGUCCUUCACUCACCCUCUCACCCAACAUGGAGAGCGCCAGUCCCUCUGUGGAGCGCUCCAGCAACUUGCUGGCUGUGGCUGGAUAUAACGAGGGAGGGGAGGAUGCCAAGUCCAGGUUCCAGACUGCCGUAGCCAGCACCUCUAUGCAAAAUGCUGUGACAACCACCAUGAAGAGGGUGUCAGGAGAGAGGCAGAGAGCCAGUUCUAUGUGUUAUACGCCUUCUCCCGUAUCUCUAGUACCUUCAUUGCUGUCAGCUUCAGGGGAUGCAGGUGGCACCAGCUUAUCAGGGAAGGUGGAUGAAAAGUCUGAAGGAUUGAGGACAGUGUCUCAUGAGGAAGAAGCUUUUAGAAAAGGGUUUGAGGAGGGCUUAAAACACAAGCUGUCUCAAGAACUGAAUGAACUAAGAGACCAGCAGAACUCCAUUAGCCACAGCCUGGAGCAUAUGAUGGACAGGGUGGAGCAGUCACAACAAGAGGAGGAGGAGUUACUCGCAAGGCCCACAAGACUGGAGACUAUGGUGAGUCUGGUGUCCAGGUUAAAGACCAGACUUGUCCACCACGACUGGAGGUCCAACAAGAAGGCCAUCAGGAACAUCGCUGGCGUCAUCUUCGUCUUGCUGGCUGUUCUAAUUGUCUUCCUCUCUCCCCCCAUUUCAACAGUUGAUGUAAGACAUGUCACUAAACCUCCCCAGUAGAUUGGUUGUAUAUUUUAUAUAGUUAAUUUUUUUACAGUUAUGUUAAGGUUUUAUUACUAGCAAUGCUACGGGCAGGUAAUAAUCAAAAUGUUUUUUGUUGAGAGAAUAAAGUUUAAAACAACGAACUGUAUAUUCUAAAAAAAUUUUAGAUAUAUGAGUGUGUGGUGUUUCAUAGAAAUCCAAAUUAAAGUAAAAUGUAUUUUUUGUAUAUAAAAAACUAAACGUUGUUGAUGAAUAUCUAACAUUUUAUUGAAUUUGUCCUUGAUGUACAUAUUUUAUUAUUUGUGUUGUGUACAGUUGAUAUAAGUCUCUGGCAUUAGUACCUCUGCUCUUCCGGUUUCUAGUCAAAGGUUAGAUACAAUUUUAUGCUUGGAGCUCUAUAAAGCAUUUGGCUUUUGGCUCAUCUGCUAAUGUAAUGUUCAUUCUUUCAAAAGCAUUUCAGUG